AUGGCAUCUGCACCGCCCAUAUUCGAAGAGUCAUUCGACAAGUUUUGUGAUGAGCUACGACAGGAUCCAACGAAGAAGAAUCAGUUGGCUUUCUUCGAAGAGAUCCAAAAACAUAACGGUAACACCAGUGUGACUGAAUUGCAGAAUGAAUUGGAAGCACUACUUGGCAAAGCCCAAAGUUCCAAGUUGAGGAAAAGGUACGGUGUCUUCAGGACUACUGUCAAUGCGCUUAAGGAGUACACCGGAGUGUUGGAUGUGUUCGUCCAAGUGCAACCUAUGCCACUGGCAAUCAUCUGGGGAGGGCUCAGAAUCGUGGUGGAGUGCGCCAGUCGUUAUGAUAGUCACUUUGACAAGAUCAAAACAGAAAUCCAGAAUGAACUCCCAGAUUUACUCAUCGAUCUUGCAGGGUGUGAGGAUAUCUACGGCAUGUCCUCGUACGGCUUCCGUGUAACCCGAAACAUCAUCGCUCUCUCAUAUAUCAACAUCUUCAAAUUUUGCUAUCAUGCAACGAAGUUGCUUCAGUCACCCGUCGUCUCUGCCGUUGUGGAGAGCCGAGCCCGAAAGCUGCACGCGGCCCUCCAAGAUCUGCGAAGUAAUUGGGAUCAUUUGAGCAGGAUUCGCGACAGUGUAGAGUCGAGACUGAAUAAGGAGACCCGAAUGAAGCUCGAAGCCGAGGCAAAUUCAAACCAGUUGAUCCGCCAGAAGCAUGUGGAAGAAUUUGUCAAAACGGAAUUAGAACGUGCGGCUGCUAAGAUUGACAGAGAAGAAGCGGCAAAGGAGAGGGACAAGGCUGAGCAGGAGAGGGCAGCAGCUAGCGAAGAAAGGAGGCUUGCUGCGGCAGAACGAUUACAGGCGGAGGCUGAAAGACAAGCCGCUUCCAAGGCUCGAGAAGCGGAGGAAGUAAAUCGAAGUCUUGACGCUGAAUACAAAACCAGGCAAGUUAUUGUGCAGCAAGGAGAGAGACUACAAGCACUUAGAAGUCGCAUCCUGGCUAACGAUAGCCACGAAGAGUUGAACUGGGGAACCAUCGCUGCUCAGCUCUUGGACAAUUUCAAAGAAGAAGGACUAGAUCCCGCACCGGUCCUGGAACCAUUCCACCAGAUCAACGAGAACAAUCCCAGGGAAGUCGAAGGAUUUGUUGACAGACUCUUCGACCUCCUUCCGAUGACAUAUGUCUUCAUAGACGGCCUUGAUGAGGCGGACCAUGAUCCCGGACGAAGUAGUGCCAUCGACAAGAGCACAGAAGUGAGAAAGGUCGUGCAGUUCCUCACCAAAAAGGCCUGCCGCUCACCAGAGCGUGUCAGGAUAUGGUUCAGCAGUCAAGACUCUCCCAGUGUUCGCGAUCACCUCUCCAACGCAAAGAAGGCGAUCAAGAAUUCAAUGUGUCUGGAAGAUGUGAUGCUCGAGGUGCCACUUUCGAUUUCCGACACCGAACAAGACAUUCGCUCCUACGUCAAGGAUCGUAUAAGCUCGUCACAAAUAGUCGUAUCCGAAUCCGCACGGUUGAGUCUCCAGGGUAUUCUGCUUCGCGACGUCGGGGGCAGCUUCCUGUGGGCCAGUAGGAUGCUGGAUGAGAUCACGCACGAUUGGCUCAGUAGCCACGAAGACGACGUCCAAUUUCUUGAGUCAAUCAAGGCAGGUCUUCCUCAGACCAUUACCGAGGUGUAUGAGAAAACCAUGGAGCGUGUAAAGUUGAGGACGCCGCCAGAUCGAAAGGAGUUGCCACUAUGGAAGUAA